AUGUCUCCCAUGCUGCUCAUUCCCAAUGAUGGGAGCGUUGAUCACUCCCUCGCAUCAAAGGUUGGUCUGACUACAGGUGAGUCAGAGGACUCGAGCCAUUCCAGCUCGCAAUUUAUCGCAACCCCCGUCGAUUCGGAUGAUGGCCAUCCAAUGGAAUCACGACUUCCUACGGCAACCCCAUCCGUACCCACGGAGAUACCAAAGGUCUCAUUUGAGGACUUCGCGAUCCGUUACCGCCAGAAUCAACACAAGCAGGCUCGGCGCAAAGUUUUGGAAAAUCGUCUCCAUGCCACCAAGAUUUCCAUCGGUAUCUCUGCGCGCUUGCUUCGCGUCGGAGCGGUCGUACAGCGCGGCUUGGUCGACAGCUUGAAGAAUGAGGACAAGGCCAACUUCAUUACCCUGUAUCAUACCCUCUUGGAUCUCCAGGACUCUCAUGAUUUCACCAUGCGUCGCCACUUCCAUCGGCAGGACCCAUCGGAAGACUGGUCAUCCGCACAGGAAUCUGCCGUGGAUCGUCCCUCGGAUUUCUAUUUGCAGCUGAGUCCACAGUCACGGACCGAUCUUCUUGACAUUUUGCAACUGGUCCGAACUGAUCCCCAGUUUCUGUGUGAGCGAUUGUGCCGUUUGACAUCCGCUCAGCUGAAUGCCUUGGUAUCUUCAGCCGCCCCUUUCCUGGAUUCCAAUGAUUACCUCUUCCCGUCUGCGUCCCGCUCCCGGAGCCAAUACGCGUUGCCCAAGCGCUCUUCUGCGGCAUCCCUUCCUUUCAGAGAUCAUGCCCUCACUUUCGAGCGGACGGACGCUCUCUCCACCUUGGUCUUCAAUUGUUUUGCUGCGCCCUUGGACUCUGAAUCUGCCGAGGCUCGCCUUCGCCUGGAUGUUUGGUCUUCUGUUUGUGCCAAUCUGAUCACCCAAGGAGGAGGGAAUAGAUUCUAUCCGCUCAUCGGCCACAUCCUCUCAUCCUGGUCUAUGGGUAGUACCUGGAAAGUCAAACCAAAAUUUGAACUUUACCUGAUGGACAUCCUCCAGACUGGCGCAUUUCUCCUGGAACAUAUAGAACCCCCCGCUGGUCUGGGCUUUGAUGCCGAGUUCCUGGAUCCGCUGAAAACUGACGUAGCAGAGGAAUUCUUUGCCUCCGCUGUUGAUGCCUUGCUUAAACUUCUUGAUGACCCCGACGCAGGCUUUCCUCAUGCAGCGAUGAAAUUGGCCCGCGCCAUCCUGCGCAAAUUGAGCCACCCUGACCUUCGUGGCCGUUUCCUAGAGUACUUGUUUCUCCAGUGGUUCUUCCCCAAGUUUCUAUCUUCGGCUCUUGCCUAUCCCGAGACCCAUGGCCUUCUCCUCGAUUUCCAUAUCAGAAAAGAUGCAAGAGAAAAGCUGCUCAGUCAGGUCGCACUCAAGGCGUAUUCGCAAGUCUUUGCCGUCCUGCGCUCCAUGCAUCAGUUCUCGAUGGCUCGCCAUACGGUCCGGGAAUGCGUUGGGAACAUGAUCCGCCGAUUUGAAAUCGUCGACUGGGAUAGCAAGCCAUCUGUCCAGCCCUCAUCUGGAGGUGGACAGGAAUCACCCUGCGCCUUUCUCAUGCUUUCCGCCUCGGACGUGCUUACUUUGCUUGGUGCCUUGUUUCCCGCAGUGUCGUCGCCCCCGUAUCACUCCCCUACGCCAUCGUCGGGGUUCUCUGCCUUGUCCCUCAGCUCUCUGCAACUUCACCCUGAUAGGCGUUCUGCAGUCACUGCAGAGCCAGGCUUCUUCCGGCCCCAAGUUGAAGGAGCUGUUCGGCAAUCCCCCACGAGCAAGAUGUUCUUCUCAGCAGACAAUGACCCCCUAUCACGCCCAGAGACUCGCCUCAGAAGGGCCGCUGAUCGUGUUCGCUUCGAAUUAUCAGAACUGGGCGAACCCGAUGGCCGUCCUAGUCUUGAAUAUCCCUCCGCGGAAGAAUGGGCCAUCUUUUCAGUCAGCGGGAACAAUAGCCGUCUAGUCUGGGGUUUAUUUUCCGAUAACCAACUCAACGACCCGGAUAACCGAUCUGUUGAUACAGCACACUCUGCCACUCUGGGUACGCAGGACAACUUCGAGGCUCUCCACACGGCGAUCGUCAAGCUAGUCAACGAUAGUCCUUAUGGAGACUGCCUCGACUACUGCCAGGAAUCUGGUCCGGCAGCCCAAAUGGAUACCUGUUCUCUGCGUAAAAGGUUCAAUCGAGCCAUGUCUCGUUGCCAUCAUGCCUCCGAUUUCAUCGGCGCCCAUUACUGGUGGAACGCCAGUCGGCAGCUUCUGCGCAGUACCUCCAACAUGCCUGCUCGCCUUGAAGAUGACUCUUGGAUUCUACAUCCCAUGCAUAGCUCUUCUUCCCGCGCGCUCCAUGUGGCUCACUCUGUGAUCGAACGAUGCGAGAGCGAUUUCGUGGCACUGGAUCGUAGUCUGCGGCAGCUACAGGGAACCGUGAAAAAGACCAUUGCCACAAUCACCAAGCUUCGAAACAAGAUGUGGUACAUGACUGACGUCAAGAAUUCGAUGAAAUAUGAAGAUUCCAAGAAUGUCGCACUGGCAUUGAAGACGAUGAUCUAUUCUGCUCACCUCCCCCAGCAGCCCACCAAUGAGCGCCGCACGCGCAACAGCUCUCGGAUGCCGGGAAGUUCUAUCCUACAGAAGCCAGAGCUGCAAGUCAUGAAUGUCAUGAAAGCACCCAGCAGCCAAGGCGGCCCGAAUAAACUGUCUGAUGAGCAGGUCGAAUUGACUCGGAAGUGGCUGUCGCAAAACAAUAUUGAUAAUUUCUGCAAGGGCGAAGAGCGUAUCCAUCGCUUUUGCUACGAAGUGAAGGCGAGCAUCAACCGAUUGGUCGGUGACACAAUGACCGAAGCUCCUGUGCUGUGGGCCAGCGAGCUGUUUCAGAAGGAGCGAGUCAAGUUCGAAAGUCAGAGCAGCCGAAGCUUCCUUGGCGUAUCUUCUUCAACAAGUCUACGCCCAUUUAGCCCAACCAACGAGGAUCCCACAUAUCUUCCCCCGUCUUAUGGGGGGACUCUCCGUCCGUCGGACUCGGUGUCCAGAUAUUCAUACGAUCUUCCAUCGCUCAAUCGCAAGGCUUCAUUUCAGAGCUCGAUUUCUGACAAGUGGAAGAGUCCCCGAGAUCUCUCUUCCAUUGACGGGCUAUCCGUUGGAGACUCGCCUUCGAAGGCGGCCUCGACUUCGACGGGUGACACCUACAGUACCUUCUGGUCUGUGCCACAGCAGCAUGCGCCGUACGCUGCAAGCGCGUCGAGUCUGUACUCCCGGCCGCCGUCAAUGCUGAGUGAUGGGGGUGCAGCCCCACCACCCCGCCAGCAUGAUCGGAAAGCCCACGGCAAAACCGCUUUCCUCAACGAAUUGAAACAGACUCUGACCAGUUUGAUGUUGACUGACUUGGGCUCGCCGGUGUGGAGCUGUGGAAGUGAGACAGAUGCCUGGUUCGGUAACAAGCUGGACGAACAGCGCAUUCGGGUACAGAUGAAAAAACGGGAGAGGAUCCAGCGAUUCUACACCGAAUGCAAUGAGCGUUCGGCCCGCCAAAUCAUUCACGGCAGCAAUCUCAGAAGCCGAAGAAGUCGAUCGCUGGAACCCCCGGUCUUCGGGAGGCGUCAAAGUUCCGAUGGGCCGUCCGCAGACCCUACUUCCGAGAAUGCUUCAGAGCCCGAUCACCGGUCCCCGUUCUGUUACGGCAUCAUCUUUCGCCAAUUGAUUGAGGUUUUCUCGCGCCAUGGAAACCCUUUUGUCAAACUGAAUGCGCUGCGAGAUCUUAGGGCCUUGGUCAUUGCAUCGUUGAACUCAUCUAGUGAUGAAGCGGAGUACGUGCACUCCGAUCCGCCACUUGCGCACGCCAGGGAACGAGGUCCCGGAUUUCAUCCGAAACGGGCCCCUCGGUCGAGUUUCUCAGAAGCGCGCACUCUCCGUGGUGGUUCUGGAAAAGAUCUUCUGCAGACGCCUACCUCUCCAGGGGCCGAAUCGGUCAUUUUUGACUGCCGACCCUCCGAUUAUACAACGCCCACUGAGAAUCAGAUUGUGAAUGCGCUGCGUGACCUGCUCCUGGAAGUGAAGCCCAAGACCCUCUUCCGCGAUCUGCAGUUUAUCUCGGCGUUUGUCCCCAGCGACACCCUCAACAAGACAGACGGCGGGACCGCCUUCUUGCAGUUUGGGUUGGCCGCAUUGAGCCUCAAAGACGAGGUUUGUAACAGCAUGGUGGAGAUUGCCGACCGGAUUGUUUCGCAGGAACUGAAUCGACGGCACCAACCGCCCCCUCCUUACAGCUUCAACGCGCGGCCGAGCCACGCGAUUGAGGAUGCGUCGAAAAUGUGGAUUAUCAGCGCGAAGGAAGGGAAUCCCAUCGCGCAGCGGGAGCUGGCCAUUCUCUAUCUGACGCAUCCUGACCUUCUUCCCCGUGUUACCCUGCCCCUUACGCCCCCUCGGGACACCUUUAAGGCGGAGAUGAUGUACCGCCGCGACAAAGACUCCAAGUCGGAUCCGCAGAGCAUGUGCCUGGCGCUGCACUGGAUGCAGUUAUCUGCCAAUGGCGGCGACGAGCUCGCGCAAAACCGACUUCGAGAGCGCGAUGAAUUCGACUCCAUCGCUUGA